AUGGCAAGCGCAUACAAUAAUAAUGAAGUUUCUGGUGAUAUUUCAUCAGAAAAUAUGCACAAUGCAUCAUGUGAUGGAUGUAAUUCAACAAAAAUCUAUAGUGAUCGGUAUAGAUGUUUGCAAUGUGUUGACUAUGAUCUAUGCGGUAAUUGUUUUGAAGAACGACGUCAAACCAAAGAACAUCUCAGUGGUCAUGCAAUGGCACAUCUCAAAAUUCCCAAGGAAUUGUUUGGUCAACCGAUCCGUCAUACAAAUGAGAUAACUCUUACAAAACUUCACGAGCUUCUAGCUGGUAAACAUCACGAUAUCAUAUGUAACGGUUGUUGCACACAGAUUGUUGGCAUUCGAUUCAAAUGUGAUACUUGUUACAAUUAUAAUCUAUGUUCUCAAUGUAUGAAACAACGAAUAAUCAACAAACCGCAUGAGAACAGGCAUCCAUUAGUAGCAACCAGCAAUCAAAGUCUGACGAAAAUCGAUAUCAAUGACAUUCGCAAACUAGAGGUACUUGGUGAAGGAGGAUUUGGUCAAGUUUUUAAAGCAAAAUGGUUAUCACAGAAUCGUCAAGUAGCUUGUAAAGUAAUUCGAGUGACACCACAACGACGUCACUUGGAAGAGAGUUUUCGCAGAGAAUUAGCUGCCUAUGUUGAACUAUCAGGCGCUUUUAUUCUUAAAACAUUUGGUUAUGGCGAUCGAAUGCUAGAAAAUGGAGUCAAAGAAUGUUAUUUGAUUACUGAAUUGAUGCAUCGUGGUAGUUUGAGCAAUGUAAUCUAUAAUAGAAAUGAGAAAAUUUCACUUCGACGUAAGCUUUCUAUGGCCUGUCAUAUUGCUAGUGGCAUGCGUAAAUUACAUGGACACUCGAUGAUUCAUCGGGAUAUUCGUCCUGAUAAUAUUCUUGUAUCGAAUAAUUUUACAGCAAAGAUCGGUGACAUGGGUAUUGCACAAAUAUUCAAUCCAGCCGAACGCCACACAUUAAUUGGUUGUUUGCCUUUCAUGCCACCGGAAUUUUAUCGGUCAGUAAGAAAUCUAAGUGAACUUGAUUUACUUUGA